AUGGCGGCUUCUACGAAGAUCCGUAUCUGCCCGUCGCGGUACGAGUUCAACGAUCCGCUCACCGAAAAGGACGAACGGUGCCGGAUGCUGGACGAUUUCGAGCGAAACAUGGCCCACGCGCUCCGGCGUAUUCCACUCCAACGGAAAAUGGACCACACGCUACCACGCCGGCUCGGUGAACGAACUAAGUGCUGCAUCGAUGCGGUCCCGGUAAGGACGAAGCCACCCAUCGAACCCAUCACAUGGCGCAAGCAAACCUCAUCCCGAGAGAACCGGUCGCUCCUAGAGCGGCCCCAAGCCCUAGAGGUGACGAUUGACCCGCGGACGAAACCACGCGCUCUUCCACCGAGGGUGGAAAAUUGGAUGGAAAACUUUCUCCGGAAACCGACCCGGCAGCGCGUCCGGUGGCGCUCGAAGCUGCACGACACGGAAGCUCGCCCGCAGGUUCCCGCCGAACGCAUGGAGCAGCUGAUCGACGUGGGGACGCAGGAUUUCGUCGAUUGGCUAAAUGCGCUCGGUGCGGAACGGUCCAGUCUGACGACGGGCGUCGUGAAGGGACUGUUUUCGAUUCAAACGGCCGACGAAACGUCCCGGGCACUUAUCCUCGCCCCAAAGGAAGUCCGUGCGGUACCGAAUCAGGUGGCAGCCGAAUGGCAGCUGCCACAGCUGGCGUUAGAAAAUCGCAUUGCCCAGCUUCACGACCGCGACCGGAAGUUAGCCGCCGGUGGGGUGAAACGGACCGCUUUUGGCCGAGGGCUACCACGGGAGUUGCGCCGAGGGUGGAUACCGGACGAUUGCGAGAUGGCCGCGGCUGACGUCGAGCGGCCAGACGUUCCGGACGAUUUGAUGAGUUUGAAGCGGUUGUUUCGCGACAUCUGGCACCUGCGCUCGGUGAAGUAUCUGGUGGAUUAUCUGACCGAGCGACCGGCUUUGCCAAAGCCACGGUUUUUGAUCGAGAAGGGCCUGUUUCAACGGCAGGAUGCUAUUGAAUCGGUUCCGUUCUAUCGGAAGGUGCUCUCGCAGCAAGCCAUCGCUGAGAGCAUCAAGAAAUAG